UGAGCACGUGACUCUCCGGUAAACCGCCCCUCCCUUCGGCACGUUGCUGCCGCUGUUGUUGUUCGCAAUCACAGUUGAACUCGUCCGGAUUGUUUCACACUCGGCCGCCCCGUCGUCUCCUUCUCCGACAGCAGCUGAUGAUGAGCCUCUGGGCCACGUUUAAAGCACCGGAGGGAAGCGGAAUCCCGGUCUGUCGCGUGUUAUCAGCUGGGAGCUGCUAGCUAGCUCCGGAGCGAGCAGCGUCUGUUAGCGCAGUGGAGCUAGUAAUGCUGCACUUUGUCGUGAGGCUGUUAAUUCACGUUUUAACAUGAAGAGAGGAGGAAAUAGGAGUUCUUCAGACUGGUGACGGCUGCUGCUGCUGUUAAGCAACAAAAAUAAGACAACAGUUGCAAGAAAACAAAGUUCCCCUCAUCCCACCCAAUCACAUGAGAUAUCAUUGGAAAGGACAGGAUGUCGUCUACGGAAAACAUGAAGAUUUAGUAGGAAACUUUCCGGAUCUGUGGAAAGCAUUAAGACUCUGGGCUCUGUGUCCCCCUCAGUCAUCCCUCACCUCCAGCCGUUUACACCCUCAGCUCCAUCUGUGCCGCCAGUGCUCGGAGGCCGUAACCAUGACGACAGGCGGGUGUUGCCACCUGCCUGGCUCUUUGUGCGACUGUGCCACCACCACGGGUCUGUGGAAGAGCGUGGAGGAGGCGGGCGGUGACGGCUGCCAGGCGCUCUACGUCACCCAGGUCACAGCUAUAGAUGGACGGUUGCUGUCGUCUGUCCUCAAACCAAUGAAUGCACAAAGUGAGGGUCCCAUUUGCCGCAUCUGCCACGACGGAGGCAACAGCGAGGGUCUUUUGUCGCCGUGUGACUGCACCGGUACUCUGGGUACUGUGCACAAGAGCUGCUUGGAGAAGUGGUUGUCGUCUUCCAACACCAGCUACUGUGAGCUCUGCCACACCGAGUUCAGCAUCGAGCGCCGACCGAGGCCUCUCACAGAGGUAACAAAGUGGUUGAGGGACCCCGGGCCUCGUAAUGAGAAGAGGACGCUGUUCUGCGACAUGGUUUGCUUCCUCUUUAUCACACCGCUAGCAGCCAUUUCAGGCUGGCUGUGCUUGAGAGGCGCCCAAGACCAUCUUCAGCUGGGCAGCUGGCUGAAGGCUGUGGGCCUCAUAGCUCUCACCAUCGCCCUCUUCACCAUCUACGUACUGUGGACUCUGGUAUCUUUCCGCUACCACUGUCAGCUGUACUCCGAGUGGAGAAGAACAAAUCAGAAAGUGCGUCUGCUCAUUCCUGAAGCCAAGGAGUCCACCUCUUCCCAGCAUUCCUUGCUCUCAACCAAACUGCUCAAAAAGUCGGCCAAUGAGAGCAUAGUAUGAGACCGACUGGAGACGGUGGACGAAGAUCUUUUCCACGUGAGGGCUGAUUCUCCAUUUAUCAGGCCCACCACAGAGACUUUAAAGAAGCACUUGUGGGCUCUUUUUUUAUUUGUUGCUUUCUUUCAUUUUUUUCUUUGCCCCAUUAGUGUAUUUUUUUUCCAAGUUACAUUUUCUAAAUCUGUCCUGUGGGUGCAGAAGUGAGCACAUUUCAAAAGGAGUCUGGAUGUCCUCAUGUUGGCACUGAAGACAGGAACGGCACAUGGAGAUGUUCAGAAACAUCAGUAGAGAGGCUGCAUCAGAUGUAGGGAUAGCAGACAAAAGGAUGGACCAAGUCAACCUGUUCAGAGGACCGUAAAUCAAAAUGAUUGUCCUCAAGGGUCGAGUGUAGCAGCUUCAUUCGUUAUGUGUUUGCAAAGAUGAAAAUAACCGCCAGAUACUUGUGCUCUUACCUACUAAGGCCUUCUGUAUCUCUACAACGUUGAGGAGCUCCUUCAAGCGCAAUCACUUAUGAUUCUGUAAAGGAAAAAACUAAAAACUUUACGUUUAUAUUUUGCAAUUCCCGUUAAGGGGAAGUAUUCACAACUCAUCCGACAGCUGCGUGACAUUAGCUAAGACAGUGAUUGUGCAAUAAAACGCUGUGCAGUCUCCACAGCACAAGAAGAGGCCUCUACUGCCAUGCACAGUUAUGCAUGCAAGCAGCACUGUUAACAACUUUUGGGGGGCUUUUUUUGUUUGUUUUUUUACUGCUGGUGUCUUCUAAAAUACUUUCUUUAAACCACUGAAAAAUAAACGGAUUUCCUAUUCCUACUGAAGUAGGCUUUAACAGCAUCCUCAUAGAGGUUCUUGUACUAUCAGCACUUAACAAGUAGGUCUUUAUAUUUAUAAAGAUGGAUAGGAAACUCCAUCAGAAUGGCUUUUAGAGGCAUAUUUCCACAAGCGUUGUUGGUGCAGUGUACUAAAGCAUCGUUGCUAUCACCUGUUGAAGUACCUAAUUGUUGGCUUUUUGUUUGCACAUUGCUGCAUAUGUCUGUGGCUUUUCCAUAAUCACAACAAUCAGGGAUUCAGAAACCUCCUGCAAUCUUUAAACAGGUUCUCUCAUCCAAUGAAAGUCCAAUUUCUCAGUCAGGGAUGUUUUUGUCCAGCUGUUGUACUACCAGUGUUUUGAUUUUUACUGACCAGUUACAUCUGUUAGUAUUCUGUGAUAGUAGGGUGAUUUCAGUUUUGAUUGUUUUACGUUGUCUUUUUUGAUGACUGUUACUGAACCUGCCGGAGAAAUCACAAACUGCACGGAGACAAGCUUGAAGAUGUUGUACAAUUUAAUUCAAUGGACCUGAUGAGCAUACAGACUGAAACAUGCUGGCUUUAAAAUUCUAUUACAAAUGUCCUUUUUAGGGCUCAGUAUUAUUUUGCAUUUCUUCCUGCUUCAUUUAUAACGCUGCAGUUCUGUGGGGUGCAGAAAUUGAAAGUAAUGCAAGCUUAAAACUAACUCGUUUGGUUGAUAAUGUUACUAUGCUAACAUUUUAAUCCUACUAUAUGUUACUGGCUUUUUGAUAUGGAUCGUCUGGACACUUUGAUUUUUAUUCCUGAUGAGCAUGGUUUGUUCUUUAUACAGAAUAUGAAGAUUUUCUAGUGGAUGGAUGCAUUUUGUAAACACAGUAUUAACUCAUUGUAGAUAACUCACGGUGUUGAGAGGCCAAAGCUCUGGAUUUUAUAGAGCAUUUAGUUUAGUAAUGCUUUUUUAAAUUUAAAAUACUAAAUUUAAUUUAAAACAAUCAGACUUGAACUGUAAAUAAUUUUUACCUAACCGGUCAAAUGUGUUUUUACACGGUGCUCCUGUGUCAAAAAUGAAAGAACAGUAAUUACUGAUUGCUGGUAACCAUCAGUUUGUUUUGGUCCUGCACUUUGUUGUUGAUUCGUCAAGUUUAAGGGCAUGUCCGCUGAACCGUCGAUGGAAAAGCAUCGGGUUUUGUUUUUCUUUCUUAUCUGUUUGACUUCUGAUAGUUUCAUUACCAGUAAACGAGGGCUCUAGCAGUCAUUUCCUCGCCGCGGCCUCUUGUUGUUUACAUUAACGUCACAUUUUGGUACGUUUAGCUGCUGCUGCGUCGUCCCACUCGCUGCCCCACUUAAAUGCCUGUUUGUGUUUUUAACCAAUCCCAGAACAAAGGAUUAUAUCCUGCGAUGCACCCGGGGGGGGGCUCUUCUGCCUUACAAGCUUAUGAGUCAUUUGAUCAUCCGUUUGUUUACUGUUUGUCAUGAGCGAGGCUUUUUCCCCGGGGAAGUAUUGGGAUCCGUUUGGGCGCCGAUGUGAGACGACACAAAGCCGAGCUGCCAGAAACAACCCAAGUAUUUCCUUCCGAUUCAUGUCAAUGUUAUGAGCGAGACAUAAAGAAGAUCCUUGUUUCCCCCAGAAAGCUUUUAAAUUAAAGAGUCCUGGCACUUUUAUCAUUUUGUAAUGGCUUCUUUAAUUUCCACAAUCCAGAAAGGGGGUUUUAAUUCAUCAUUUUCUUUGUUGUUACUCAUAAAUUUAAUGUAAAUGCUACUUCUCCUGUGAUCUUUUUUAAUUCUGAUGUCUUUUUUUUUCUUUCUGACGCUGCGUUUGUCAAUAUGUAUCAUUUGUAAUUUAUGUUGAAAUUCUUAAUAUUCAUUUUUAACUAAUACAAUGUUAAUGGUGUGCUGUGCAAAAAAAAAAGAAGGAUGUCUUUACCAAAAUACUGGUACCUGCAAUCAGCCAGGAGUCGAUUGAAAAGGAAAUAAAAACAUCAAAUUGA